CAACAAAGCAGGCAGAUAUUUUGGUGGGUAGUGAGUCGCGGUGAAAUGUUGCAAUCGUCAUUUCCAGUCAGUGCGCUGCAGAGUAUUCGAUUUGAGACAACCCUACCCCGCUGAAAUUCACGCACUACUCAAGUAAGUACAGAGUGCACAAAGUGCACUACAUUGAAGUGGACUUCAGGAAGUACGUGGAUUGGAACCUACUCUCAGUCCCAGUCAGUGCAUGUAGUGCCCGUGCCGGGGAGAAGAUCAUCCUAUCAUUCUUCCUUGAAUUAAUUAAAAAAAAAAAAAAAAAAAAAAAAAACGGCGCUCGGACGGGAGUCGGCUCUUAUCGUUUACUUAAAAGAGUCGGCUUUUUGAACCGACUCGUUCUUGACCACACCAUCACUAGAAGAGCCGCUACUGUACAGAGAGACCGAGAGGAGCAGCAGCAGCAGCAGCAGUAGUAGCAGCAGCAGCAGCAGCAGCAGCAGCUGAGCAGCAGCAGCAAGAUGUCCGCGGUGCCUGAUGGGAAGAAGCUCGUCCGGAGCUCCAGCGGGCUGCGGAUGGUUCCGGAGAACGGAGCCUUCAACAGCCCCUUCAGCCUGGACGAGCCGCAGUGGGUCCCGGAUAAAGAGUGCCCCAGAUGUAUGCAGUGUGACACCAAGUUCGACUUCAUCAGAAGAAAGCAUCACUGUCGGCGGUGCGGUCGGUGUUUCUGUGAUAAGUGCUGCAGUAAGAAGGUGGCGUUGCCCCGCAUGUGUUUCGUCGAUCCGGUGCGGCAGUGUGCCGAGUGCAGCCUCGCCUCACAGAAAGAGAUGGAGUUCUACGACAAGCAGCUCAAAGUGCUUCUGGGAGGCGGCAGCUUCGUCGUCACUUUGGGAACGUCGGAGAAGUCUGAAACCAUGAUGUGUCGCCUCUCCAACAACCACAGGUAUCUGUUCCUGGACGGUGAAAGUCACUUCGAGGUGGAGUUGUCUCGGAUCUCCAGCAUGCAGAUUUUGACAGACGGGUCGAGUCCAGGAGAGAAUGACAUUCACACUUACACCAGUCUGCUGGACAGUCAGUAUAUCUCUGAAGGAGGGACGUCGCGGGCCAGCGGCAUGCUGCUCCACUACAAGCCGAUGGGCUCCCAGGACGCCGAGCAGCUCCGCAUGGAGGCAGCAGACGACAAGAAGGUGGCCUCGUUAUGGUUGGCUGCGAUGCAUAAGGCGGCCAAACUGCUGUACGAAGCCCGGGACCAGUGACGUGCAGGCAGCCGGCAGACUGAACCUCCAGGCAGCACACACCCAAGUGUUUUUGUACCCGGUCUCACCGGGGGUUUGGUAUCGUUUGGAAUUUUUAUUAACGCCAGUUCUGAUUCUGCUUAUCCGUCUGAUUCCUCAUCGGUUCUCGAUACCAGUUCUUAUCAUGGUGAUUUCUGCAAGAAAUGUUUAUAUAUAUAAAACAACAAAAAUACUUUAUUACCUCUAUUAUAACCAGUACUUUGUACAUCAUGUUUACCACAAAUAGGCUAAUUUUUCCUCUUAUUUUCUUUUUGCGUUUGACAUCUUUCAGAGUUCUUUAAUCCUCUUUGAUUUAAGACAUAAAUGGCAGGGCAUGCAGCGUUAAUGUUUCUACAUAAAUAUGGAACAAACUGAGAAGAAGCUUCCCAACAUUAGUCAGUUAUCUGUUGAUUUUGGGAGGCUUUUAAUUCCUGUUUACUUUCUCUGAUUUAUUGUUUUUAGUUAAUCACGUUAUACUUUGAUACUUGCAGUACAACUUUCACAUUAUAACACCCGUGAAAUGUGACAUUAUUACACCUUUCAUAAACCGUUUUUCAUAACUUCAGAGAUGCAGUAAAACUUCAAAUAGAGGCACAGUUGUUUCAAUAAUUUUAUAUGCCGCAGUUUUAUGUUUUUGUUUUGUGUCAUCUGGGAUUUUAUUUCCUGGUAGAAGUGACGAGACUCUUUACGGAUCCCUGUAGGGAUGUCUUUUUUAUUUUAUUUUUUAAACGGUCAGCUAUACAGCACCAAGUAGGGUAGAAUCCGCCGUUAAAACCCUUUAACGCAGAUAGAAAAGCAGCUACAUGUGACGUACGCUGCAUUUCAGGGCCCAGAGUUUACCAGGAAAUAGACCAGAAAGGGCGUAUUAUGAGCAGGAGUGAAAGGCAUUCUGGGAAAUGUAGGAUUCUCUAACUGAAGCAGAUGCAAGAAGGAGCAGGUUGAGGAAACUUUCAUCACUGAAUACUUCCUGAAAUGCAAAGAACAGUUAAACAAGAGACAUGUUCAGGUGACACGUUUCUGUUUCUUCUCUGUAAAUUAUAACGUUAAAUACUCCUCUCUCUCUGCUUCAAAUAUUUACAGAUUUCAAUCUUUAGGCCUCAGCGUCUGAGGAAACGAUUCACUGAUUCCAGUGAAGAAUAAACACAUACACCGACAUUAAUAAAUGCUUUAAAUGUA